AUGACGCAAGAGUUCAUUGAUAAAGUAUCCUCAUACCUGUCGCAAGAUAUAGAUAUCACGCCCAUCUCGCAGGGUGCAGAAGCCAUUGUUUUUUCAACAAGCACUCACCCAUAUCUGCCAAAAACAAGGGAAUCUCAUCAGAAGUUUAUUAUUAAAUAUAGGCCGCCAAAGCGUUAUAGACACCCACAGAUAGACCAAACGCUGACAAAACACCGUACCUUGAACGAGUCACGUCUAUUGGCCAAAUUAUACUUGAUUCCAGGACUAUAUGUCCCUCAACUACUAGCGUGUGAUCCAUAUAAUGGUUUCAUUUGGCUAGAGUUUCUUGGAGAAGACCUUCCAGGAGGAUACGGUUUCAGCAAUCUGAAGAACUUUCUGUGGAUGCAUGAUAAAGACCCGUAUAAUGAUCUUGUGGCAGCCACGUUGCACAAAGUGGGGAUCCAAAUAGGAUUAUUGCAUUGGAAUGAUUAUUGUCACGGCGAUUUGACAAGUUCCAACAUUGUGCUCGUGAAAUAUGGCGCCGAAUGGGUGCCUCAUUUGAUUGAUUUCGGUCUGGGGUCUGUUUCGAACCUAGUUGAAGAUAAAGGGGUGGAUUUAUAUGUAUUAGAGAGAGCUAUUCUAAGUACACAUUCAAAGCACGCCGAAAAGUACAAUGAUUGGAUCAUGGAGGGAUUUGAGGCAGCCUAUCAUGAGAAAGGCGCGAAAGGUAUCAAGAAAUUUAAGGAGGUUACCAAAAGAUUCCAAGAAGUCAGGCUGCGUGGUCGUAAAAGGAGCAUGCUUGGAUGA